GCUGGACGCGCCUGCGCGGGAAGGAUGUAUUGCCAGGAUGCUUGCAACCUAACCCAGACCCCGGCAGCGAUCCUGCAAGACAGUGGCACGUCACCCUCGGCCUCUAUCACAACACUCUCGACCUCUACCACCACACAAGAGCUUACUCUUGACUAAACUGCCAGCUGGUUGCCGUAUCUUGGGAAUAUUUAUGAAGAAAAGUGAAGGAGCUGAUCAGGUGUAGAGUUGAUCCAUAUAGAACUUGGUGUACAGCAUGCCAGCCACGGAGGCAGUAAUGAGGGCGGUGACUGUGACGUGUAUGGUGGCUCAAGCAGUGUCCCAACUACAUAACAACGGUAUCUCCAACAACCUCACCCCUUAUUACAAAAACGGAAACUCCUUCAACAACCUCGUCCCUGACUACAGCAGCUACCCUUGGCUCUCCUCCCCACCUCCUCUUAUUUUGCCCGCAAGAUUGGUGAACGACUCGCUGCUGUCUUAUCCCUCUAGACCAUCGUAUCCUACCCAGCCACCUAACUCACCAAAACCAAUCUACCGUUCACAACUAACCUACCCAUCACAACCAGCCUACCAUUUACUUUUACCCUCUGACCCACCGUACCAUACACAACCCACUUACCCACCGUUCUCUACUCAACCCACUUACCCACCAAAAGCAUCCUACCAUGCACAAUUAUCCUAUCCAUUACUACCAUCUUAUCACUCUGUACCAUCUUAUCCUGGUUCGGCCUAUUACUGGCAAGAUAAUGACUCGCAGCAAUCCUACCCUUGGCAAACAAUGUAUUCCUUGCAAACCUACUACACAUCCUACCCUAGCUUGGCCUCUUCCCCUCCGACAUCGACCACACUGCCUACGGGGCCACCAGUGCGUCCUACGGACGUGCCAAGGAACGCCAUUCCCACUUCCAUUGCAGUUUGGCCCACGGGAAGAGCCAGAACCACAAGGCCACCCUCUAUCCAGCAGUGGCCCACCGAGAAGGCAACUAUACCCACAUUUUCUCACACCACAAAACCUUCCUGGCCAACUGAAAAGACCAUUAAACAAUCGUUUAUCCCGAUGUGGCCCACCAAGAAGAGCACCUAUCCAUACUUUUCACCCAUAGGGCUAUAA